UGCGAGGCCCUCCCUCCGUUGCGGCUGCCUCGGUGCCGCCCGGAGCAGGCCGCCGUCAGGCGUGGGGACUCCGCGUUGCGCAGGCGCGGGACCCCGCGGUCGAUGGCGGAAGCGCGGCCGGGAAGCGGCGCGUAGCCCCGAAUCGGCGGGAGGCGGCCGCUCGCUAUGGCGAUCCGCGGCCCCGCGUCCUCGGAGCACCUGGAGCGGCUGCACGAGAUCUUCCGCGGGCUGCACGGGGAGCUGCGGGUCGUGCCGGAGCGGCUGCGGGGCGGCGCGGCGGAGGAGAAGAAAAAGCUAAUUCGGGAGUUUGAUGAGAAACAGCGCGAAGCAAAUGAAACGCUCCGGGAAAUGGAAGAAGAACUGAAGUAUGCACCUCUACCGUUCCGCAAUCAAAUGAUGAGCAAAAUCCGGGCAUACAGAAGGGACCUCUCCAUGUUCCAGAGGGAGAUAAGAAGCACAGAUUUGGGAUUAGGCCCCGGAAGUCAAGGGGAUAUGAAAUAUGGAAUCUUUUCCACAGAAAAUGAACAGAGUACUAAUCUGCAGUCACAGAGAGUGCUGCUUCUCCAGGGAACAGAUAGUCUGAACCGAGCCAGUCAGAGCAUUGAGCGCUCACACCGGAUUGCUGCUGAAACAGAUCGGAUUGGCACUGAUAUCAUUGAAGAACUUGGGGAGCAGCGAGAGCAACUGGAACGCACCAAGAGCAGAUUGGUGAAUACAAGUGAAAACUUAAGCAAGAGUCGUAAGAUUCUGCGUUCCAUGUCCAGGAGAAUAGCCACUAAUAAGUUGUUGCUGUCGAUCAUCAUCAUCCUGGAACUAGCCAUCCUAGGAGGUGUGGUCUACUACAAGUUCUUUCGCAGUAGAUGAACCUUUGUGACUUUGUUUUCAACUGCUGAGGAGUAGGAUGGGAUGUCUUCCCUGUGAUUGUCUAAAACUGAACUAUCUCAUAAGACAGCAUGCACCGCUGAAACUGUCCUGACACGGGAAAGACAGUGAAAGGAGGUAAAAAGAAAAUACAGAGACAGACUAGCAAACUACUGGUGAGAUUACAGAGAAGGUAAUAAAUAUUUUAUUGCCUCAA